AUGUCCGAGCCCUGCACUGGCCACGGUAUUUAUCUUUCUGGAAUCUUCGAAAUCGGAGAAAAGCUUACUCAAGAGCAACUUUUAAAGGUCGAAUUUAGAUCCUACGCUCUUGCCAUCCACUGCAUCGGCGCUAACCGUAUCCAGGAUCUAGCGUACGACAUCCGUGGUACCGGUUUUAGUAGCCCGGCCUUCAAGCUUGAACCCGGUACCAUCUGUCUCCUGCGCGGUGCUGUCUUUCCCACCAACACCAAGGACACGCACAACAAUGAGUUCUUUUAUGAAGGCUCUGAUCGUUUCGUCAUUGGUACUGCCGACACCUUCUCCGCAAAUUUAGACAAUACAAUUGGUAUUACUGGUAUUGGAAGAGUUCUCUCAUUCUUGUUCAAGGUUGAAGAAUCGAUGCAAUACCUGAAGACAAAGGCCAAUGACUCCAAUAAGGUCACCAUGCAUGUCAUUGUUCAACACUGUGAUUUUCACCCUCAAACCAAGUUGCCCAGAUCAAUGACCGUCGAGUAUCGAAUUCCCCCGUUCAAGCACCUUGCAGGUUCACCUCAAAUCGUCAAGGAAGGACGAGAAUGCCAGUUUCACGGUUACAUCAAGGACUUCAACGAAGAUACCCAUCGCUACAUCGUGAUCGUGAACAAGGUUUCUCCAACUUCUGGCCAUCAGGAAUUGACUCCCAAUGUUCGAUCUGCUCAAUCCAACAAGCAAUCCAAUUCCGCUGGACGCAUGAAGUCAAAGUUUGCUUCGCGUGCCCCAAGCACACCGUUCAAGACUCCUCUCACCGCGUCUGAUUCAAGCCCUGACAUUCCUUUUGGUCCCGGGAAUGUUACGCCUUCAUCCAUAGCAUCAACGUCUGGAACGUUGGCGAGUAGUAUGAUUCCGGACCCACCAACUUCUCAGCCUGCUAAGAAAAGAGCUCGCGCUCCCCCCAAGAGAAAGGCCACUAAAGACGUCGUCAUUCCGAACUCUGAUGAGAUUUAA